GUGUGCUCUUCCGGGCUCUUCUCCCGCUCCCCAUGGAAGCCGACGGCUACCGCUGCCGGAGCAGCCGCGCCCUCGAGGGCGGCGAGUCGGCGCUGCCCAGCUCGCUGCUCUUCGGCGCCGGGCUGCUGGGCAACCUGCUCGCCCUCUGCCUGCUGGGCCGGCUGCGGCUGCGGCGCGGGCGGCCGCCGCCGGCCUCCGCCUUCUACCCGCUGGUGAGCGGGCUGGCGGUCACCGACCUGCUGGGCAAGUGCCUGCUCAGCCCCAUGGUGCUGGCGGCCUACGCGCGCAACCGGAGCCUGAGCGAGCUGUGGCCGGCGGGGGGCGCCGCCGCCGGGGCGCCGCCGGGCCGCCUGUGCCAGCUCUUCGCCUUCCUCAUGGCCUUCUUCGGGCUGGCGCCCACGCUGCUGCUGCUGGCCAUGGCCCUGGCCUGCUGGCUCUCGCUGGGCCACCCCUACUUCUACCAGCGCCACCUGCCGCGCCGCCGGGCCGCCGCCCUGCUGGCCCCGGCCGCCGCCGCCCUGUGCGCCCUCUUCUGCGCCCUGCCGCUGCUGGGCUUCGGCGCCACCGUGCAGUACUGCCCGGGCACCUGGUGCUUCAUCCGCAUGGCCGGCGGCGCCGCCGCGGCGCGGGGCUACUCCGUGCUCUACGCCAGCCUGCUGGGCGCGCUGGGGCUGGCCAUCGGGCUCUGCAACCUGGCCAGCAUGCGCAGCCUCUACCGCAUGGCCCGCCGGCCCCACCGCCGCGGCGGCCCGCCCGCCGCCCGGGCCCCCGCCGCGCCGCGCAUGGAGGAGCUGGAUCACCUCGUCCUGCUGGCCCUCAUGACCGUCCUCUUCACCGUCUGCUCCCUGCCCCUCAUCGUCCGGGCUUAUGUCGGAGCCUUUGCCGCUGACUUUAAUGAAAAGGCAGACCUUACGGCCCUGAGGUUUCUAUCUGUGAAUUCCAUCGUGGACCCCUGGGUGUUCAUCAUUUUCAGGACAUCAGUUUUUCGCAAGUUCCUUCAUAGGGUUUGCAGAAGACUGAAUUCUAAAAAAGCUACAACACCUCGGCUUCUAUGACCUAGACAACGAAGCUGCCACAGUGAAGAGCAUUCUGCUUUCUUUGGUAACUCGAAUCGAAGAAAUAUUGUUCCAGGAAUUGUUUACAUAAUCAAACCGAUCUCACUAAUUAUGCCAAAUGUUGUGAUAGUGACCGGUGGAUCUGCUAUAAACACAGUAAGAAAAUACAGAAAUGUAUUCCGGGGAAGCUUAAGUGCCUUAGCCGUUCUGCUGUGGACAUGUACAGAGAAGAAGCAUUCCUCCAUUAUUGCAUUUUUGCCUUUCCUGUCACAGACUGGAACUGAAAGUUUGUGGUCAUAUGAGUAACAGUGAAUCUCACGAAGCGACAGCACUCCGCUUUCCAGAGAACUUGAUAAAAGUCAUGUGUUUGUGGUAUAAAGUGCUGCUCUCUGAUCUUCGGGCCUGAUUCUCCACUCCUAUCAGAGUAUGGCCCCGAUCCGGCAAGCCACUCUGCGUGGGUGGGCCCCGUUUCCUUUGGGGGUAUCCCAUUGAUUUCAACAGUCUGCCGGCAGACGGACGUGUCUACCCACAGGGAUCAGCUUAGAGGAUCAAAGCUAAAUCUGGAGUCACCAAGUCUGAUAAGGGAAAGUAAAACUCUUCCUUCUGAAAAUCAAUCAAAGCAGUGCCCAGUGUCUUGUAGCUGCCUCCUCACCCCAAUAAAUCUAUCUUGUCAUCCAGUAGCCAGAUAGUAUCAAAUGCAGAGUACAUACAGCAUCAGACCCAGCAGCAACGAUUCUAUGGGCUUGUCUUCACUGUAGAGUCAGCUCCAGGUAUAACUCGAGUGCAGCCCUGAACUCAACUCCAUGCGCACACAGAAACCUCUAGUCUGAGUGCUCAAACACGAGCUAGCUGGCUAGGCAGGGCUGGGUGGGCUGACCCUCCACUGCUGCUCCCAUUCAAGCUAGUAAGGCAGUGGGGAUUAAGCUAUUUUGUGCUGCUAAUACAAAGGCUCUGUGGUGCUGGAGUGAUGUCACAAGUACUCCUCGUUGUUCUGCAGUGUGACAGCUCUCGCUGGGGCUAGUAGAUAAUGCUCUGCAGUGAAGACAAGCCCUGCCCUAGAUUGGCACAGAGAACUCUUUCUGGUGUUAGAGACAAGGGGAGUUUUAUGUGCAGAACUACUGCAGUACACGGCCUGAAGGGAACCUGCAGGGAUCUACCCACGGGUGUAACUUUACUCUUCUGAGUAGUCCGUGAAUAAAGUUAUGCAGGGGGGUAAAUCUUUGCCAGGUUGGGUCUUAAGACAGUAAACAGGCUUGCAAUGGAGUAAUGCAUUUACAUUUAUAUGCUACAACUGUUCAAGUGCUUUAACUAUUCAUUGGGGACAAACAAGGGCUAAAAAAUGCAUCUUAGAAAGCAACAUCAUGUUGCAUUGUAUGGUUUGUUCAAUAAAUUAUUCUUUAUCCAGCA